CCUGCAGCAGCGAUGGAGGGCAAGGAGGAGGACGUGCGGCUCGGGGCGAACAAGUACUCGGAGCGUCAGCCCAUCGGCACGGCGGCGCAGGGGUCCGAGGACAAGGACUACAAGGAGCCCCCGCCGGCGCCGCUGUUCGAGCCCGGCGAGCUCAAGUCCUGGUCCUUCUACCGCGCCGGCAUCGCCGAGUUCAUGGCCACCUUCCUCUUCCUCUACGUCACCAUCCUCACCGUGAUGGGCUACAGCGGCGCCACCUCCAAGUGCGCCACCGUCGGCAUCCAGGGCAUCGCGGUUCCGGCCACCCCAAUCUCGCGCGCACGACCACCAUCCUCCGCUCCCUGCAGAAAUCCCUCGCCGCCGCUCUUGUGCUCAGGCCGAAUCUCAACACCAACCGACGCGCCAUCCUCCUCUCCCUCCCGUCUCCGGUGCCAACAUAGGCCACUUUACUUGACCCCGGUCGGCCGGCCGGCCAUCCACGACGUCUGGUGCAUAAGAAAUCAUCUUCCGCUGGCCGACGGACGGCGCUGGUUGGGUGGGGCGGGGAUCCAGCAGAGAUGGCAAGGGGACAAGAGACGACCAAGCUCUGCUCUCUGCUCUCUGUUUCUUUUCUCUUCCUCACGAUGCAUUAAGCGCUCCUUCAACAAUGGUGCCUGCCGGUGCCGGGUGUCGCGCGCUCCCCUCCAUCUCGUCGCAGCCUUCGCCUUCGGAGGUGCCCUCUCUCGCCUUUGGAGUACAAGGAGCAGAGCACCAUGCGUGCGUGCAAGCGCUCGCGCUUGGAGGUGGGGCUUGUUCUUCGCCGGCCAUCCCCAUCGCCGCUACGGCAACCAAAUCCAGCUCCUCUCCUCCCGCUCCGCUCAGUUGGAGCCUUGGAGGACUCGUCUCCGUCGAUUUCGACCCAAGCCACAGCCUUCUCCUCCGUUCCUCGCACCAAUUCCACCGGACCCGCCCACACAGCCGUGCCGUGCCGUCCCGUCGAUUUAACGCUCGCCGCUCCUU